ACCCAUUAGCUGCCAAUGUUCCCAUUUGGGAACACAUAUUAAUAUGCUAUUAUUAUCAAUGAAACAUGCUUGUAGGGGGAGAUCGUUCUUCCUCAUGUUUGAACAGGAUCAUUUUGCACCAGUCAUCGUGCGUAAACAUGUCAGGCUGCCGCCUUCUGUGCUCAGUGGGAAGUUGAACUUCACUGAAUUCACACCUCCCUCGGAGCUCUGUAAAACUUGUUGAUAUCGAUGUCAAAGUUGCUCAGUCUCGCUGAGGCAGUGGCCUUAGUUUUAGAAGAGGAUGGAGAGGAGAUCAAUAUUCUUCCACCAGAAGAAGACCAGGCUCUUACUGAUGAGGAGAAUAUUGAUGAUAACCUCCUUGAAGAUUGCUCUGAAGGCCAAGAUGCUGAGCAAAUUUUCCCUCGUGAUGUUUGUGGCAGGGUAGAAGUUGCUGAUAAGCUUGAUACAGAUGAAAGACCAACUGUAUCACAAGGAAAUGACACAGGCAGUGAAGGAAAUAAUAAAAAGAGGAUGAAAAAGGCUCCUGCAAAGAAAGUGUCCUGGAAAAAAUGUAAGAACACUAAAGUAUUUCCUCAAAAAAAUAAAAUAAAUCAAUUGGAAGAAGACUACCCAAACUUAUGCUCACUUUCUCCUGGGGAAAUGUUUCUGAAGCUCUUCAAUAAUGACAUUCAAAAACUGCUUGUUCAAGAGACGCUCAGAUAUGCCCAUGAGAAGUGCAACAAUCCAAAAUUCACAUUUGACACCAGAGAUCUAUUAGAUUUCAUAGGCAUUUUCAUACUCAGUGGAUACCACAAACUACCCCGUGAAGAUAUGUACUGGGAAAGGUCAGAUGAUGUUGCAGUUCCAGUUGUGUCAAGGCGAAUGUCUAUAAAUAGAUUUAGAGAGAUCAAGCGAUAUUUCCACGCAGCAGAUAAUAAUAAUCUAAACAAGACUGAUAAAAUGUCAAAGGUCAGGCCAAUGAUUGAAGCAACAAACAAAUCACUGCAACAGUUUGGGAUCUUUUGUGAACAUCUCUCUAUUGAUGAAUGUAUGGUUCCAUAUUUUGGUCAUCACAGCUGCAAGAUGUUUAUAAGAGGGAAGCCAAUUAGGUUCGGCUACAAACUUUGGUGCCUGUGUUCAUCAACUGGUUAUCCAUACAAGUUUGAUGUGUACUGUGGCAAGUCACUGGAGGGCAGCAAUACUGAUGAUGCACUUGGGACCAGGGUGGUUGAGCAGCUGAUGUCUUGUGUGAAUGAUACAAGUGCUCAUAAAAUAUUUUUUGAUAAUUUUUUCACAUCCCAUGAUCUAAUGUUGAGGCUACAAGAGCAUAACACAAGAGCUACAGGUACUGCAAGAGACAACAGACUUCUAAAGUGCCCUCUUCCAGAGUCAAACUCUUUCAAGAAGACCAAGCGUGGGACAUAUGAAUACUUUUCUGAUGGCAAUAUAUUGGCUGUAAAGUGGAAUGACAAUAGGCCAGUAACUGUAGUCACCAAUUAUGACAAAAUUGACCCAGUAGUGUAUGUUGAACGAUGGAGUGUAACUGAACGAAAGAAAAUUCGUGUUCAACAGCCUAAUAUGAUUCAGUCAUAUAACAAGUUCAUGGGAGGCGUGGAUCUUAUGGAUCGUUUUGUGGCUCAGUACAGACCCUCAAUUCGAUCCAAGAAAUGGUAUUUUCCUAUUCUUUUUCAAAUGUUCAACAUGUUGCGCAUUGCAGCAUGGCUGAUUCACAGAGAGGUGUCAGAUACAAAAUUAGAUCAACUAGAAUUUACACGCAGCGUUGUAAGGUUCUUAUUCUCUGAAGCACCUGCACGGAAUCCUUCACUUGCAGGGCCAAGUGGUCACCAUGUCCAUAUGAAAAUGCAGAUGGAACAUGUGUCUGUCUCAAGCACAAAACAGGGAAGAUGCCGGUACUGUAAGAAAAAUACUAGGAUGAUGUGCUCAGGUUGUAAUGUGCUCCUUCAUACAGGAUGCCUAAAAAUGUAUCAUGAAGCAUAGGUGUUUCAUCUGAGUAGA